CCGGUGGAAAACCAACGAUCAGGCAGCAAGUUUUAGCGAGUGGAAAAAUUCCCAGUUUCGAUCAGUUUUUCAGUUCAGUUCAAUUUCUAAUCUUCUAAAAGAUGUCUGUGGUACCGAUGCUUUUCCGUGACUGGUGGGAGGAUUUCGACACCCCACUGCGUAGUUCGCGCCUGCUGGAUCAGCACUUCGGCACUGGUUUGCGUGCCGAUGAUCUGUUCUCGUCGUUCUCGCCCCGUCCCGCGCCGCUCGCCUCUCCCUCGCUGCUCCGCGGAGGAUACUACCGGCCAUGGCGUAACACCGCCCUCACCCGCCAGGACUCUGGCUCUACGCUCAACCUCGACAAGGACCGCUUCCAGAUCAUCCUGGACGUGCAGCAGUUCACGCCGGAGGAGAUCACGGUGAAGACGACCGACCGAGCGAUCGUGGUGGAGGGCAAGCACGAGGAAAAGCAGGACGAGCACGGUUUCGUCUCGCGCCACUUCACCCGCCGCUACAUGCUGCCAAAUGGCCACGACCCGAACGAUGUCGUUUCGACGCUUUCCUCCGACGGUGUGCUCACGGUGACCGCCCCGAAGAAGUCCCUGCCGGCACCGAACCCCGAACGAAGCGUUCCCAUCCAGCAGACGGGCCAGCCGGCGAAGGAUAAACCGGAAGCGACACCGAGCGUCGAGCAGGCAAAGUAACCGAGCGAACUCGCUGUGUGUGUGAGUGUGUAUUUGUGCGGUGAAUGGUGCGCUGCUAACGCAUGAGUAUUAGAUUCGGUGUUUAUCGUCCUUCGUUUAUUCUGUUCUGUUUCCGAACCGUGGCUGAACUGAUGGUACAAUAAA